AUGUUGAAUGAAAGAGAGAAAGGAAAGUUCCCGAGCCAAUCUGAGCAAAAUCCAAGAGGGAUGGAGCAUUGCAAAGUAAUACGGACAUUGAGAAGUGGCAAGAGCUAUGAAAACAGAGAAGUGGUGCACCAUGAAGCCGAAGUGGAAGAAGAAGAGUUUACUGAAAGUGCACCGUUAGCUGCAAAGUCUCGGUCAGAGGCUAUUUCUGCAGCAGGUAUUCCAAAUCCUAGUGCAAGUGACAAAGUGCAAUCUCGACCUAACUUUAAUGCAAAUAAGGAAAAAGGCCUUGGUAGUUUAUUUGCACCUUCUGACAAGCCACCAUACAAGCCACCUUUGCCAUUUCCACAACGACAGCAACAACGUUCCAAGGAUCAACAAUGCAUUGAAUUCAUGAAGACGUUGGGUAAGGUUCAAAUUAAUUUGCCUCUAUUAGAUGCUAUUAAACAAAUCCCAUCAUAUGCCAAAUUUCUGAAGGAGCUAUGUUCUAAAAAGAAAAAGUUCUUGGAAUACGAGAAGGUGAUUUUAACUGAGCAAUGCAGUGUUGUCCUCUUACAUAAGCUACCACCCAUGAAGAAAGAUCCGGGGAGUUUCACUAUCUCUUGUGAAGGAGAACUCAAGCCCACAUUUGUGAGUCUUGAAUUGGCAGCAGAUAGGUCUGUGACCUAUCUUUUGGGUAUUCUGGAAGAUGUGAUUAUUAAAGUGGAUAAAUUAUAUCUCCCAGAUGAUUUCAUUGAACUUGACAUGGAGGAAGACAAGGAAGUGCCUCUCAUUUUAGGCCGACCGUUCAUGGCCACCGCCCGAACACUUAUUGAUGUGGAAGCAGGUACUUUAACCUUAAGAGUGCAAGGAGAGUCAGUUGUAUUCAAACUCUUUGAAGCUGUCAAGCGUCCUCUCGAACUUGAAGAGUGUUUUCGUGUUGAUGUUUUGGAUGGGAUUGUGCAUGCAAACUUUGCCUCACGAUCAUCUAACGAUGAGCUGUUAACUUGCCUCACCAACCAUGAUGCUACUUUAUCUAUGGAAGAAAAUGUGGUGGAUGUCAUUGCUGCAUUGGAUAGUGCACCAAUUCAUAAUCCGAAGUGA